UGCGCAGAGUACGUACCACACGCCGUCCACUCUCACCCAGCAUUACUUGUUUGUACCGAGUAAAGUGCGGCUGGUAGCUCUGGCGGCUUUUCUGCGUGUGCAAACUCUUCUGAACAGCGACGGUAAAGUGAUUGUGUUCCUCUCCAGUCGCGACUCCGUUGACUUUCACCAUGGCAUCAUGGAGCGCUUGUUUGAUCAGCUGGCUGACGAAGAUGAAAGUUUAUCUCGCGCCACUCUUCUCAAACUGCAUGGCAACAUGGGACAGACUGAUCGUGUUCACGUGUUUGAUGAGUUCCGCAAGUCUUCAGUCGGUGUUCUGUUUUGCACGGAUGUGGGUGCGCGAGGACUGGAUCUGCCGCAGGUCUCCUGGAUUGUACAGUACACACCACCGUGUACGGUGGCUGACUAUGUCCACCGCAUUGGCCGCACGGCGCGUAUCGGCCUCUCUGGCAAAGCGCUGCUUUUCCUACUGCCUUCAGAGGCUCCAUACCGUCAGGUCCUGGAGGAGAGCGGUCUAUCGUUGACAGAUGUCACCGUGAACAGUCUCCUAAGAACACUGGUCAAGGGCAAGGACCCUACCGACUUUCAAGUGGAAGCGGCUGCCACAGAUCUGCAGCUAUCUUGUGAGCGCUUUGUCACCGCCGACAAUGACUUGAAGGAGUUGGCUUCUGAUGCUUGCUUAUCGUACGUACGCGCCUACACCACGUACCCUGCAUCGCUCAAGCACAUCUUCCAUCGCCGAGCUCUGCAUCUUGGCCACGUUGCCAAGAGCUUUUCACUUCGCAGCACACCAUCGCAGAUUGCCUCAUCCGGGCAAGUGCGCGUAGAGCGCAAGCGUAAGAAGCAAGUCGAUGCUGAGCAUUCUGGUCGCGGUGGUGGUGACAGUGAUGACGGUGAUGAUGAUGAUGGAGAUACGGAGACGCAGGCCACCAAUAGCCGAUAUCGGUCUGACAGCAGGUCUGACAGCAGGUCGGAUAGCAGGUCUGACAGCAGGUCGGAUGCAGGUGCGUUCAAGAAGAAACGCCGUGUGUACGUCCCAGAGCAUGACAGCAGCAGCACAGCUCAAAAGAGUCGCUUUGCUGGGCCCAUGCCGGGCAAGAAGAAGAAGAAAGGCAAGAAGUGAAUGUGAUGCCGUCGUGCCAGACAUCAUUGGAAGCAGCGCUGGUGCCAGCAGGACAGGGAUGGCGCUGACGAUUGGAAGGCUCGUCCUGUUCGAGGGAGUCAAAGCCUUGGAGGCGCGUUAUGUGAGACUGGUGAGCGAGAGUGUGAACUGCCAGCCACGCACCGAGCACACCCAACGUUGCUCUCCUGGUGUCGUUGUCCGGCCCCAUGCCCGGCUGGUACCAUGGUACCGACCUCUAUAGCGCUUGCAAGUGGAUUCAGUGGAUUGUGUGUGUGUGUGUGUGUCACGCACCGUGCCGCACUAUGAAGCAUCAGUGCUGCUGGUUCAGCUCCUCGUCGUCGACUCGUCGUCCCCCAUGCCCUGUCCCAUUACCUGCCUUGCCCGUGUGUGUGUGUGUGAUCACAUGACUGAUGACAUGACCAGUCAAGCACGGCCGGCGGAAACAGCUUUUCAGUUUUACCUGCCUCGCCCGUGUGUGAUCACAUGACUGAUCACAUGACCAGUCAAGCACGUCCGGAGUCGGCCGAAGCAGCUUUUCAGUUUGUUUUCUCCGGUCAUGCCGUGCAUGUCCUUGCACACGUUGUGCCUAAUAUGGCAGGUGCAUGUGACUGAUAUGGCAUCUAAUACAUAAUAACCUAUCUUUCUACACUAGGAAACGAAGUGUUUGCUGCGUUUGGCGCUGUUCAGUGCAGUGCCGCCUCUAUGAUCAAGUUAUUAUUGAGAAAAGAUCAAAAUUAAUCGUUUAUUGAAAGGUCUC